GUCCACUCCCCGCACAACACCCGCUGCGCCUCUCGCUCCCUCCUCCUCCUCCUCCUCCUGGCCGCCAUGGCGUCCUGCUCCCACCUGGCUGCCUCCGCCUCCUCGGCGGCCGCCACCGCGGUGCGCUCUCCGGCGCCCUCCAACGCGGCCAGCGCCUUCGCGCGCUUCCCGGCCACGCCCCGUCCCGCGAGCGGAGCUGGGUUGGCCGUCAGGGGCGCGAGGACGGUUUCCCCUGUGGUGGCGGCGGCCGGGUCGGCCGCGGCGACGCCCGUGGCCGACAUCGAGGAGCACCGGGCCACCGAGAAGCAGCCCAUCAUUGUCAUCGAUAACUACGACAGCUUUACCUAUAACCUGUGCCAGUAUAUGGGGGAGCUUGGAUUGAACUUCGAGGUGUAUCGCAAUGAUGAACUUACCAUAGAGGAAGUAAAGAGGAAGAACCCAAGAGGAAUACUUAUUUCUCCAGGGCCUGGUGAACCACAAGAUUCAGGUAUAUCGUUGCAGACCGUUCUGGAACUUGGACCUACCAUCCCAAUUUUUGGUGUUUGCAUGGGCUUACAGUGCAUCGGAGAAGCUUUUGGAGGAAAGAUUAUCCGUGCUCCUUCUGGUGUAAUGCAUGGAAAAAGCUCUCCAGUUUACUACGACGAGGAAAUAGGAAAGGCCUUGUUCAAUGGCCUGCCAAAUCCGUUUACCGCUGCAAGAUACCAUAGCUUGGUGAUUGAGCAGGAAACCUUCCCCCAUGACGCGCUGGAAGCCACUGCGUGGACGGAGGAUGGGCUUAUCAUGGCAGCUCGCCACAAAAAGUACAAGCAUAUCCAGGGAGUCCAAUUCCACCCAGAGAGCAUCAUCACCCCAGAAGGCAAGAGGAUCAUCCUCAACUUCGUGAGGUUCAUCGAAGAGCUGGAGAAGCAGCGUGCCAAGGAGAACAACUAGACGCUAGCGGUUCAGGCUGAAAAAAAAUGGUGCUCAAGCCCGGGUAGAUUCAGGGCAGGAAAACAGUAGCAGUAAUAAGGGGAAAAGGAGCUGUCGUUUUGUCAUAUUCGUUUGGUUCGUUGUAAUAUAUUCCUUUGUGAAUCGAGAUCCUGAAUAAGCUCUAAUCCUAUGUCAAAAUGGAAACCGUUGAAUCCGUGA